AUGGCGAGGGGGGCGGCUGCCAAGCAGGGGGAAGUUCCCGUCCCUUGCGGCCGGGCGGUCCCCCAGCCCCGGCGGCCUGCAUCUCAAAGCCGCUCAACUUCCGCAGGCCGGGAAGCGUCGUGUUCGGGAAGGGGCGCCCGGCCGGGUGGGUGGGUGGCGCCCGGACCGGAGGGUCGGGAGUCUCAGGGGUCUGGGGCUGUGGUCGGGCGCCUCACGCCCUCAGUCGUCCACGUCUGUCCAGGGAGACCGGCCUUCCUCGACGGCGCGGCCGGGACGACUCCGGAGAAGAAGCGCCCGCCGGGCUCGCCGCUGCGAGCGCUCCUCGCCCGGGGGGCGGGGACGGCCGUCCUGUCGCCUCGUGAGCGGGAGGAGGGAAGCGCGGCGCCCCGCCUCCCCGGGCCCGGGGCGUCCCUGUGGGAAGCAGCCUGGCCCACCCCUGCGCACGCCCUCUGCGGGGACGCCACGGCUCGACGGGCCCUCCGGCCGCACCGCCGGCCCGCUGUGAUGAUGUCGGACGUCGCUCAAGACAGCGCAGCUGGCUCCUGGAAGACGGGGGGGAGUGUGUCUUCCCUGAGUAGCCGUGAACUCCCGCGGAAGGAAGCGCGUGGGCGCGCCAAGGACUCUACAAGUUCUGUGCCUUAUAUGGAUGAGCCUAGCCAGCGUGAUGAAGUCUCUCGCCUCACAGUUCAGAUGGAAAAUACCUAUCAGUUGGGUCCUCCCAAACAUUUUCCUGUGGCCACUGUCAAUCAUAUUUUGAAAGAGGUGUUAACUAACUAUCUACAAGAAGAAGAAUAUGAGCCAGAACUCUGCAGACAGAUGACUAAGACCAUUUCUGAGGUUAUUAAAGCCCAGGUCAAGGACUUGAUGGUUCCACGGUAUAAACUAAUUGUGAUUGUUCAUAUUGGACAACUGAGUGGUCAGAGCAUACUCAUCGGAAGCAGAUGCCUUUGGGAUCCUAAAAAUGAUAACUUUUCCUCUUAUGUCUUCAGAAAUUGUUCUCUCUUUGCUCUUGCAAAUGUCUAUGCGGUUUACGUCGAGUGACUGAAAAUAAGAAAUCUAGCUCUUACUUUUUAAAAACAGGCUGUAUCUAUGUACACAGUGGUUUCACUGCCAAAAACUUUGGGAAUGAAGCAAUGCUAAUAUUUCAGAUAACUGGAAGCUUUGGGGUUUUUUCAGACUCUCAUAAGGAUUGGGGGGAAGGGAAGAUGGCACGAGAAAGAAUCCUAUUUACCUAAAACAGGAACUCAGUCUUGGUUUUGCUGGAUUGUUUUCCAUAGACAUAGCUUCUUAUUAAAUAUUACUUUUGGUAUUAAUUAUUUUAAUUCCUCUUUAAUAAGACAGUUAGAAUCUUCUGCAUUAUUUUUUAAUGAAGAGAAGUUUUAAAAAAUAUGUGGCUAUAUACCCCGACCAAUAAAUAAAUGACAGUAGAAUGUUCAACGUGGCAUACGCAAAUGAUAAAUAAUAUGCCUCAGUACCGCAUAUAAAAGAAUACUGGUUUUCAUUUUGCACUUAAUAAAUUGAGCAGCAUUCAUUAAGUGCAAUUAUUGUUACAUGUACCUGACAGUUGAAACUGCUGAGGUAGAAUGAACGGCUUCACAACAAUUAUCGCUGUCCCGUGAGCCCCAAGCUAAAACUAGAAGCUCUUGUGGGUUGCCUGCACUUACACAGUUGCGGGAGAACCCCGUGUUGGCUCUUCAGUAAUGGAAACUAUAACGUGAACAGAGGCUUUUUAGG